AUUCGUUAUUUACAUCGGACGGAGGAAGUAGGCGGAGUUGAUAUCGAGCAUCGCCGAAGCUCGAUUGUGAGCAGAUGAGUAAAGAACUACAAAGCCAACAUUUACCCGUCUGAAUACUGAAUGUGGAAAUUAAAGUGGAAUUAUUCCAAUAUUGUAACAAUUUGAAACGGACCAGCCAGCCUAGUAUAAGUUAAAUUGUUACCAUAAAAUAAAAGGACCCAGGAAAUUAAUAAUUUCUUGAACACAAGAGCAUAAGGAACAGGAGUAGGUCAUUCAACACAUAAACCCUGCUCUGCUAUUCAAGAGGAUCAAGUCUGAUCUGAUUGUGCCCUUACAUCCACUUUACUCUCUGCUCCCAAUAACCUUCAACUUUCCUGCAGAUAAAAAAAAGUCUCACUCAGCUUUCAAUACAUUCAUUGAUCCAGCCUCAAAUGCUCUCAGUGGAAACAAAUUCCAAAGAUCAACAAUCCUCUCAGAGAAAAAAAAUUCUUCCUGAUUUCAGUCUUAAAUGAGAGACAACCUAUUUUUAAAUAGUGCUUCCUAGUUCUAGAUUCCCACACAUGGGAAAGUAUCCUCUCACUAUCUACUUGUCAAGCUCCUUCAACAUCUUGUGUAUUUCAAUAGGAUCACCUCUCAUUCUUGUAAAUGAGUAUAGACUCAUAGAUGUUUACAGCAUUGAAGGGCCCAGCACAUACUUCCCUUGUAAACAAGUCUUCCUCAACCCAGGAAUCCAUCUAGUAAAUCUACAUUGAACUGCUUCUAAGACAAGUAUAUCCUUCCUUAUGUAAAGAACUCAAAACUAAGUACAUCCUUACAAUUCCCUGUUGGUUGUCCCAAGACUUACUUUUGUACUCCAUUUUCUUGCAAAAAGGUCCAACAUUCCAUUUGCCUCUCUAAUUACAUGCUGUACCUGCAAGCUAACUUGUUGUGAUUUUUAUUCUCAAGAACACCCAAAUCCUUCUGCGCUAUGACAGAAAAAUUGAUCAAUACUUGGAAUUGAUCUCCACAUAGAAUGGUGCAGAUUGAAACCUUCACUUUAAGUGACAGAUGCAUCAAAUGGAGAAGCAUAUGAUCAUUUUGGAUGAAUGAAUUUUGACUGAAUGGUAUUUCUAACCUAUAAAUGCGUUGUGAUCUUAUGAGCGGCAGUGCUUGAACUGUUAUAUAAUGCAUCUUUUCAAAUUUCUUGAAUAAAGCUUUUUUUGUAACAAAAUCAUCUACAGAAAUCUCUGUUGGAAUUACUUUAACUCAGAGUUCACUUUAUAAGUGUCCUUUUGCAGUGUUUCAAUAUCUGUUCGUUGAAUUUGUAUUGCCAUAGUUACAUGGAUGCAAAAAAAGGACCAAUGAAAUAAUUCUACAUCUCCUCCACCAGGUGGCGUUUAAAGGCCUGAGUAAUCAGGCCUUAAACCUACUAAAUAGGAGAACGAAGGAGUCAAAACAGUUUCACUUGAUCCGCACUUUUCUGCUAAUCUGUAUGGUUAAUUGGGGUCAUUUACAAACUGAGAAUUGGUCUGUUAUCACGAGGCUGAUGAAUUUCAGAAGCUAAUCGUCUUCCUUUCUCGAGCAGAGAUUUACUGCUACAACUACAACAGGAGGAAAACUUUUUUUUCAUUAACAUUUGAUUUUGAUUUAACAAGCAAGAAGAAUCUGGGAGAACAGUGAGAGAUUUCGCUUUGGUGUUACCUUUUCUGCAACAGGUUGUCACUUCUUGUGCUUUUUUAUUCCUCAAAAUACUUCAGACAAAAGCUGUAUUAACAGUUUGAGAAAUCUGUCUGUUAAAGUUGCAGUAUUAAUCCAGUACUGUUUGUGAGAAAAUAUUUGGCAUUGAAUAUUUUUAAAAUGGGGAAAUUCCUGUCAAAGAUUUUUGGAAACAAAGAAAUGCGAAUUCUGAUGCUGGGCCUGGAUGCAGCUGGAAAGACUACAGUGCUAUAUAAGCUCAAAUUGGGACAGCCUGUCAGUACAACUCCAACUGUAGGCUUUAAUGUGGAGACUGUGACUUACAAAAAUGUUCGGUUCAACGUCUGGGAUGUAGGUGGUCAGGAUAAGAUCAGACCUCUUUGGAGGCACUAUUAUACAGGGACCCAGGGAUUGAUCUUUGUGGUGGACUGUGCCGACAGAGACCGCAUUAAUGAAGCCAGGCAAGAGCUUUAUCGCAUCAUAAAUGACAGAGAAAUGCGCAAUGCUAUUAUUCUGAUCUUUGCAAACAAGCAAGACCUGCCUAAUGCCAUGAAACCCAUUGAGCUCCAGGAGAAACUGGGUCUGAAUAGGAUUCAAGAUCGUAACUGGUAUGUUCAGCCUUCCUCAGCAACCACUGGAGAUGGACUGUAUGAAGGGCUAACCUGGCUGACUUCUAAUUACAAAACAUCUUGAGAACAAAAUUAAAACUUCAGAGAUGCUGCAUAUGAACUCCAUACUCGUUGUCUUCACUUUGCAACAGCGUGGAACUGAUUCAAAGAAAAGUUGCUUUUAACAUUAUAGGAGGAAUGGCUAUACCAGUAUAAGAGCAACUUGGCACUUGGUAAAGAUUUGCUUAUAGCAACAUUAUUAUCACAGUUAGCUUUUAUUAUAUGGUAGCUUUGAUGUGUCAGAUUGACUAAAGGUCAGAUUUUUGUUUUCAGUGUUGAUCUAUUAGCAGAAUCUGUAUUGAUACCUGGCAGUUCAGUGACAGUGUGUGUGCUACAUUUAAUGGAUAAUCUGUAAGAAAAAGUAUUAAAUUUACAUUAGAAGACUGUUAGUGUUUGUAAAGAACUUUAGAAGUUUGCAAAAAAGCAACAAUGUAUAGUUGUUUUUAUUCUCCAAUGUUGCUGAACAUUUAAGCAUCAUAUGUGCUAAAUGUUUACUUCAGUAAUAACAUACUACAGUAACAAAUAUCAUGUUUAUUUUGGAAUGCAUGAAAAUCCUUAAAGCUACAUUACAAAAAAUUUUUCAGGUUUUGAAAUGCAGAUUUAAUGUCAUUGGUUUCUGAGAAUGAAAGAAGUACAAGUCCUUAUAAAGUAAACAUUAGAAGUUUACUGACACUGGUAUGGAAACAGAAACAAUAUGCUGUGGUAAUAUUAUUGUUUUACUAUACUUAAAAGUGUGAAAUAUCAAAGAAAUAUUAGAGUGGAUAUAUUUAUUUUGAUAAUUUGUUCAUGAAUAUUCUCUGUGAUUCAUAAAAUAAUGUGAAAUCCUACCAGUAAUAAAGUGGGAGAUUGCACAAUUGGGAACAAAAUUAAUGUACCUCAUGACUGAAACUCCUCUAUCACUGAGUUGCCUCACAAUUGAUUGUAUGAACAGUGCAUUUGAUACCAUCAAUAGAGAAUGGACUUGAGCAAUUACUGAGUCUGAAUGCAAGUCGUUAUAAGAACAAAAGGAAACACUGGAAUUUAACCAGAUUCUGUUACAAAAUUGAGAAUUUGGAUUUACCUAGAACUUUGUGUAUGGCUUAUGAAUGCAACUUUUGUAUGCUUUAAACUCAGCUGAGCUGCAUUUUUCUAUAAUAGUAAUGACAUAACAACCUCAUUUUUCAUUGUAUCACAUUUGUUUGUUUCAAAUUUGAGUUUGACUUAUGCAUUGUUACCAGUUGCCAUGUUACAGCUGAAUGACCACACUGUAAUUUAUUUAACUCUAUUUAUUGGCUACAAGGAAAUAUUAGUUACAGGAGACCUUUAGUACUGGUGCUUCACAAAAUACUUUGCUCUAUUUGUAUAAAGUAUUAUUUUUGUUUUAGCAUUUGAACAUUAAUACAAAGUUACAUAUGGUGACAAUGUGCAGGAUCAAUAUCCAACUCUACUAAGGUCCUAAUUUCAGCUUUGUCACUGUAGGAAGGCACUACAAAGAAGGCAAAAAAUGUUGGAAAAUUAAAAGAAGCGUUGUGCCUUGGUAGCUCUUGCUAGCCUCUUGGCAGUUGAGUCAGAGUUAAAUGAGCUUCUAAAAAACUGGAAGUAAAUCUCCCACCUGCCAUUACAGUGCCAAGUACUGCUGGUUAGAGAGCAGGGAUGGAGAAAAUUUAAUUAUGUGUUUUGAAAAAUAAAGCUUUGAUACAUUUUUAUAGUA